GGUCAUAUGGUACAGAUUUAUUCGAUCCGGGAAAACUGUUAGCCGUCACUUUAACCAUGUUUUGGAUUCUAUUGUAUCAUUAUACCCAGAGUUUGUUAAACAGCCAAGCUCAGAAACACCACCCGAGAUUCAGAUGAAUAUUAGUUGGGCUCCAUACUUUCAAGUAUCAAUUUCAAUGACAAUCAAUGUAUAUGUACGUUGCUAUACUCAUACCCUGAAUAACAAAUCCGACCCUAAAAUAAAUUUGACUCUAUGCAUAUAGGACUGUGUUGGUGCAAUUGACGGGACACAUAUACCGGCUCUGGUCCAGUCUGCAGAUCAUGUGAGCUUCCGCAAUCGAAAAGGAUUCCUCUCACAAAAUGUACUCGCGGCAUGUUCAUUUGACAUGAAUUUCCUUUACAUAUUAGCCGGUUGGGAGGGUUCAGCCUCAGAUGCGCGGGUGCUACACAAUGCUUUGACCCGAUCAGAUGAUCCAUUACAUGUCCCGCAUGGUACUGGUUAUAUCUCUCCUAGAUUACCCAUCCAUUUCAUAUUCACAAAAUAUUCGAGUGUCCAUUUGAUGGAACAUUCAUUUAAAUGUGUAGGAAAAUAUUAUGCUGCCGAUGCUGGAAAUGCACAUUCACCCAGUUUUAUGGCUCCAUACCACGGCAUGCGAUACCACUUACAAGAGUAUCGAACCGGGAGAGCGCCUGUGAAUAUGAAAGAGCUGUUUAAUUACCGACAUGCACAAUUAUGUAAUGCAAUCGAGCGUUGUUUUGGUGUAAUGAAAAAUAAAUUUCCCAUAUUGAAGAUGACCAUUCCGUAUGAGUUUCACACACAAGUGAAAAUUGUUAUAGCAUGUUGCGUUCUACACAAUUUCAUACGAUCCGUACUUCAGUCUCGUGACGAUGGAUCUUUUCCUGUAGAGGAGAGUAAUCCAACACCUCAUGAGGUGUCAACAAAUGACGAAAGGCAAUGGUUGCUAUGCGUCACUCAACAAGAAAAAGGAUACUUGGAAUCAUGUGCGGGAUGAUAUUGCUGCUUGAAUGUGGGCAGAUGCGCAACAGAACAGUAGGAGGAGAUAGUCAAUUUACUUUUACUUCUUCCUUUUACAAUUUUACCUGCAAACUGAAUAAUAUUUAAAUCCUCGUAAUAUUUAUUACUUAACUAUGGAAAUAUAGCUGUGUUGCACAUGGAUGCACCAUAUUUUUGCUCCACAAUGUCUCAUGUUCUCAGCAGAAGAAGAUUGACUUUGUAUGUAAUUAAUGUGUACUUGACAUAUGCUGCAUAGGUGACAUGGUAGACCCAAGGUCUAAUGAUAGUUCAACACCGACACAAUCACCGCUUAGGACACCUGUGAUGCCGACACGAAAUUCACCACGUGGGAAGACAGUCAAAUCCCUCGCUAAGCCUCUGUCUCGAGCGGCUAAAAUAAAAUGGAGUGCAGAAAUGGAUCAAGUGUUUUUCGACGUCCUGCUAGAACAGGUUGCUUUGGGACGUAAGGCAAAUAAUGGUUUCAAGAGGGAAGCCUACCAAGUAACAGCAGAAGAGGUCAUGAAGCAUACAGACAUACCUGUCAACUGGCAGAAUGUGCAGAACCGUCUGAGGUAUUGCAAGCACGAAUAUAUUGUCGUCAUGGACAUGCUAGCAGCUAGUGGGUUUGGAUGGGAUAAUGAGCGCAUGGUCAUUACGGCCCCUGAUGAGGUCUGGGAGGAUUACCUGAAGUCUCACUCGCGUGCUACACAUCUACGCAGGAAAAGGAUUGAGAGAAUGGAUGACCUUGUGGUCAUCGUCGGCUCCGAUCAAGCAACUAGAUGAUAUACGCAAGGAAGUACGACUAUGGCCACGUCAUCCAUUAGGAUUCAACGAGAUCUCAAUGAGUCCUGGAGAGACGCUGAAGAUGAUCUGGAGGAUACCAUUGACCUCUCUCAGGACCAUGUAGCGGACUUGUCAAGCGAAAUUUUUUCCUCAGAUACUCCAUCGAUGGGAAGACGCGGAACCCAUGACACUCCUAGUCUGACUCCAGAGUCUGACUGUAACCGAGAUGGGGGUGCAUCAAAGAAACGUAUGCGGCCUCCUUGUCCCUGUGAUGUACUCGGCAUCUCCCUUAGUACCGUUGCAGAGGCUAUGCGCGAUUUUGGCCUCAGCAAGGAGGUAAAUCGUACUACAAAGGUACUUGAUGUUCUUGAGAAGGUGCAAGGGUUGACCAACUCGGAAUUUAUCAAAGUUGGGCAACUGUUGAGCAGGGACGAGAAGCUGGCAUCAUUUUUUGUCAGUCUUCGACCCGAGAGGUGCGUUGAGUGGCUGAGGAGAACACUCCACGAGAAUGAUGUCAAUGUAGUAGUUGGGUCGGUCUGACAUGCUCUUACCCGUCGUUGUGUUGAUCUGUUGUUUUAUGGGACUGUAAUAACUUUUUAUACACUGGGGACUGUUUGUUUGAUGUUUUUUUUUUGGAUGUUUGGAUGACACAAUUGGUAUAUCGUAUAUACUAAUUUA